UGUGGGUGUAUCGCCAGGCGUCAGUCGAGCGGAAGGUGGGGAGGAGGCGAGGCUGCAUGGCUGGCAGGAAGAAAUGAGGCAGUUCAAGCUCAUGAAUGCUGCCGUCGCGCAUCCCAUGGAUGACCGACUGGAGAGCGCACCAACCGCCCACAGGGAGGCAGCCAUGCCAUCUGUUGAGCCAUUGGGCGCUAGCCAUGGCUCAGGAGAAAGCGCGGCCAUGCUUCUCGAAGAUGUGGAUCCUUUGACGGAUGCGCUGGAUGGCCUCAACGUGGACGAGCUAAAGGAGGACCAACGUCGAGCGUACGACAUUGUACGAUGGCAUCUAGAGGAGACAUUGGCAGGCGCGCCGCCGAAGCCCCUGCGCAUGCUGCUAUACGGCGAAGGGGGCACAGGGAAGUCCAGAGUCAUCCAGACUGUGACGGCCCUCUUCCGGGCGAAGGGGCUCACACAUUACCUGCUCAAGUCGUCGUAUACGGGAGUUGCGGCGUCAUUGAUAGACGGGAAGACGCUUCAU